CCCAGACGUAAGAUCGUUUUUUCCUUUUAAAUGUCAAUCAGCCACGAUCAGGCUAAGUGAAAAUAAUUUUCUUUUUGGAAAAUCCCAGUUUUGAGUCGUUUGUUAUUAACGUUUACAGUGUUUUCAUAGGACGUGUACCGAGUCACUCAAUAUUCAUUGGCAGUCGGCUAAACAUAACAGAAUAUAAGUAAAUAUAUCACGUUGUGUCGAGCGAGAUUGAUUUUUAUUUUAUUUUGUUAUAACAGUGGCUUUUUGGUAACAAUAGCUAAAAAAUUCACUUUGUGUGCGUCACGAUUCAGUUGUACAACAAAUUGGACAUGCCAUAAUGUGAAAUAUGAAGUAGAAUAAGCUUGUUGAGCAAUGGAUAAGAGUGCUAAGAACUCCCCUUGUAAGGAAUGCAAUGAGGAUGGUGACGCGCCGCAGCUGCAUGCGGAGGUGGAGCACCUGCGGCAGCACCUAGCCGAGAGGGAUGCACACAUUGUAGCCCUUGAAGGGGAGUUCAUUAAGUGCACCACUAGAGCUAACGACUUGGAGGAGCAACUCAACACUUGGCGGGAGAAAUAUGAGAGAUUAUAUGACUCACACAAGAGAGUACAAAAAUUAAAUCAAGUUUUAGAAGAUAAGUUGCUGCAAAUGGUAGACAAGAUGAAGAGUGAAAAAAGCCAAUUGACCAAAGAUAUUGCCACUCUCUCAGUGAGAUUAGCUGAAUCUAAACAUAACUAUAGUAUGUUGCAAAAAGAGAAUGAGAGGUACAAGAAUGACAUGAAUUUGGCGAUACAGCUUCUUCAAUGCAAGCCGGAUAACUUUGUUUCCCAGAAAUUAGAUAAUUUACCGGUAGAUACGCAAGCGAGAGUGUCGCAGUAUGUAAUGUCGAAAACAUCAAAGCCAUCUAGUUCAGCUCAAUCAAAAAAUGGUAAUGAUAUUGACACAUUUGAUGCAAGUGAGUAUGAGUUUAAUAUCUCUGCCUCACUGAUGACUAAAAUUCUUGAAGAUAGCAUUCAAGAUACAGUGACCAAACACUGUGAUACUUGUACUUGCAACAAAUCUCAGAACAAACCAUUCUGCUACAAUGAAAGUUAUUAUUCUGUUUCAUCACAAACAAUUUUAAGUGGGGAAAUGAAAAAUUCCUUAUGUCUGAAUUGUAAUGCUGAAAUAAAAUCUGUACAUUCCAAUUUGAGCAUUAGAAGUAAUUCGCCACACGGCAUUAAGUUAAUUAAUGAAAAAUCUUCAAACCACUCAAUAAUCAGUCCAAUGUACAUUAUACCGCAACACAUAGAAAUUCACAAAGAAACACAACCAAUAAUUAAUGACAAACCUAAAAUUAACUGUUUGAUUAACGAUAAAAUUAAAAUUGACGAGAAAAUUGCUAACGAAGUUAAUAUUCAAAAAGAACAGCCUACCUCUAAAGUAGAAGAUAUGAAAUGUCUAAGGAAUAGUAACGAAAUGAAUAUAGAACCAGCAAUACAUCACAAACUCUGCGACCGGACGAAAACUUCAAUCUCUAGCAAGAAGAGUAGUAAUCAGAGUGUUGGUAAUGAUGAUCUGCUAAUUGUAAAAGAUAAUAUAAUCAACUCAAAGGAGUCGAUAAAAAUAAGAGGUGAAAAUAAAUCAGUGGAUAAUAUAUGCUUGAGAAAGAAUUCUCAGAGUUCUAUGGGGGGUAUAAGUAGGACUUCGUCUAUAGCUAAGUCCACUGUAAGCACUCAUAAAUCUAACACACAAGUAGGUCCUGGUCCGCGAUUCUGUCACUUACGAAUGCAAGCUGGUUCAAAGAAUAUUCUGCUCGAUAAUGCGGAACCAGACGUUCCACCUGUUUUAUAUACACGUCAGAGCAAGUGUAAUGAAAAUUCAUUAUUCAAAGAUCUCAAUGAUGAUAUAGAUAAUUUUAUAGAUUUAGAGAAAUGUGAAGAUGGCAAAGAUGACAAUAAAAAUCAAAAUAUCGUCGUAGAGAGUACACUCAUAGAUGUACAUACAGAUAAUAAUAACAAGGAAUCUAAUGCUGUUGCCAAGACUACAACUAUUAACCCUGUUUUACUAAACGUGUCCUCUUCACCAUUGCAACCGUUAAAAACCCAUAACUUCUCUAACAGCUCCGAACAUAACAAUAAUAAAUCUCAGAGUAGCCAGCAAAAUGUUUCUGAGGUUGAUAAUUUGCUCAAUGAUUUUAAUGUGGAUCUCAGUAAUGCUCAAAACAAUAAUAUUGAUGUUAUUAACGUUAAUGAUACAUCGAAAAAGCUCGACGUGCUCACUCCGACUGACAACCAUGACGUCAAAAUAUUUAACUUUGACCGUUACGAGCAAAGCAAAUUGUCUGGUCAGUACAAUAAACCUUUAAGAAAAAUUGAUAUGUCUCAAUUACAUUCCUUAGAAAAUACAAAAAUAUCAAAAGACUUGCCACCACAAGGUGAUUUUCCAAAGUUAGAAAAGACAAUGGAGCCGGUUAAACCUGCGUUACCACCGAUAGUUAACGUUUAUCCGAAUCUUACACAAACCCACCUGAAAGUUAAUGAAAAUAAGAAAGUAUUUACUAAUGAACAAAGCACCAGUUCACUGUCGAGUGAUGACAGCGCAGCAUUAUUACAAAAGCAACAGUUGCUUCGAGUGGCCGAGUGGGUGGAGAAAAAUUUAGAGCAACAAAAUAAUUUUAAUGAUCCAUUGGAAGACGAUGUCGGUUUUAAUAGAGCACUGAGGCGGGACAGUAAGCUGAGCAGGCUUACCGAGACACUUAAUGAACUAGCACUUAACAUGCCGCAUCCCGUCAGUAAAUAUUCCAAAUCUUAUAACAGAGAGGGACACAAUUCAUGGAUACAAAACGCGAUAGCCACGCAUGAAAAGUCUGCAAAAAAUCCAUCAGUCAACCCAAAGGUUGCUUGUAACGUGGUGAAAGAAACAAUAUUUCCGGUGGAAAGUGGAGAAGCUACCACUGAGAUAUGUAAAGAAACUACUAUGAAUAAAGUUAGCACGGCAAGUUGUGAUGCAAAUAGAGAAUUGCGAGACCCAUUCAAUUCAAAGAGUGAGAAAGAAAUAUCACGCGAGGAUUUGGCUAGGAUGGAGUAUAACGUGAAGAAAUUCUUGUUGAGUGGUCCGCAUUGGGUGAACCCCGCGUCAGUGGCGCGCAGCCGACGCACAAGCAGUAAAACUGAGACUGAUGUAUAAUUCCAGUAGAUAUACAGGAUAGUACUUGCAACAUUCCAUGUUGUGUAGUCGUUUUUUUUCACAUGUAGUAACUGUGGCUUUUUAAUAUUUAUGACGGCCGACGAGGUCCGGGUAUGUAAUAAAUUGAUGGCGCGUUAUUUUUUAAUACUGGUUCCUACAUGUAGAUAUUUCGUAUGUGAAUAAUGAAAUAUUUACUAUUACGGAUUUAUUUAUGCUAGUCUGUGCUGUGUGUUUUAAUUUUUAUCUGUGACGUGUUUAUUGGUUUACGCUUUAUGCUUAUGGAUAUUUGGAAACAAAUUGUUUACGUAGGUGUAUAAAUAUAAGAUAAAUAGAUGAGUAACGUUUUAUUGUAUUAGCACAUAAUCGUUUUAUGAUGCUGGUAGGAGAGCACAAAAAUGCAGAGCUUAAUAAUUGUAUUGAGAUUUCGUUUAGGGUAGUUCUGUGUUAGCGACGUCGGGAUUUAACGUUUAUCAGAACCAAGGCUGCAGUUUGCUAGAAUAGGUUAGGUACGGCCCGAGACCAUCACUCAUAAGUAGUAUUAUGAUUUACCGAAACGGCUUACAGUACGAUCGAUAUAAAAAAAUUGGAUUUCCAUAUUCUAUGAUUUCGAACUGUUUCCUGUAUUCCUUAUAUAACAUUGAAAGCCGUAGGUAUUUACAUUUUUCAGUGUCAUUGUUCCAUAAUUUAAAAUAAAGCGUUAGUUAUAUUGAAUUUCUAUUGUCUAUGUAUAUUCUGUGUUUGAAAUUUUGUAUACAGAAUUUAUUGCUCAUUCCGAUUUUUUUGUUAAGUAUAACGUUUCCAUCACAUUUUGCUAAGGUGGAAAUGAUUUAAAAUGCUCGUAUUCUAAUCAGAUAGUAUGCUUCUAAAUAAAUGUGAUACGUAAGAUAUUAUAUACAUAAUUAGGUAACAUUAAGGAGUAAUGAUACUUGUCUCACGUACAAAAUGUAAUACUGAGGUUAGAAAUGCUUAAUUAUCUGUGGGUUAAUAUUAAAUUUAAAUGUCAAAGUAGCAAAUUCAUAUUGUUGUAACCAAAGAUGUAUUUAAAUAUUACAUGAAGGCUUCAUUUAUGUAACAUGUUUUGAAUUGUAUUCACGAGCCUGGUAUGUAAAGUCCUGACAUUUAUUAUAAUUUUAUAUCUGUUUCCUUUCAGAUCUGAUUUUUCUGAUGUUUUAUUGUUUUUUUUUUUAUGAAUAUUCGUUAUAUCGACCUAGUCUAGUGCGAUUUUUAUGUUUUCAAAGACAUUUUUGUGGCCCAUCGAAAUGAAUAUAAAAGAUGCCAAAAGUAAAUUUUCAACUUGUUUAUUCUAUGUACAAUUCCAGCCAUGAUUUCCGCCGUAAUACUAAUAUAUAUGAAAGACAUAUUUUCUUCAAUAUAUUCUCAUAUAAAUAUUGUAACCGUGUCUUUUAUAGUCGAUAAAUUACAAUUGUCGUUAAAUUUACUGAUCGUAUCUAAAGCAGAGAACAUAUUCAUCAAUAUUUUGUGCAAAAUAUUGAUCAAUUUUGGUCUUAGCAAAAAAAUCAAUAUUUUGAAUCACACUGUAUCAUGCCUCCGCUUACACAAUAUAAUAUAACUACUACGUGUACACAAGUAUUUAAUGCUAGGUAUAAUGUAUUUAAACUGAUGUGUUUUGCCUAUUUUCUCAAUCGCGUAAGUUAAUGGAGUAUAUUUUUGAAAUGUUAGCACAGAUGUUUUGGAAAUUGUGUAUUGUAGGUGAAAUAAAUAAUUGGAUAUAUUUGCAAACCUGCCAGUAUCGUAUGUUACAAUGUACUUUUGCACCCAUACCAUACGCCAUUGUAUCAUUUAUGCAUUUAUGUUUUAUUUUUUUCUGAUCUGUAAAUUUAUUGACAUUUUUUUAUUAUUUUCAAGAAACUUAGAAAUUUAUUGUUUUUUCAUUUUUUUUUUCAUUAAAUGUUUUAUACUUUGGUAAGAAUGCUUAAAUUUUUGUAUUAUAUGAAAGGGCAAGCAUUUUAGAGAAAUUAUGAUUUCUAUCAUUUUUACUUUGACUUUUAGACAAAGUGCAAAAGUCUUCUAUGGUAUGAAAAUUUUUAUUAAAAUGUAAAGGUAAUUUUAUUUUUAAAUAUUUUUAUAUUAGGAACACGCGUUACGUAUGCGUAAACGAAGAUACAUUGCGUUUUAUAUUACGGUACUUUGCUCUACCACUUAUUUCUAAAUCUUCUGUUUAAAUUCUUCAAAUAUUUUGAAAUUAUGCAAGGGUUGUGAAUUUUGAAAGAAAAAUUAUUUAAAAUCAAAAUAAAUUACAUUAUUAUUUUUAGAGUAAUGAAAAUAUUUUCAUUUGUUGCAACUUUAUAUUUUAAAUGAUUUCGUAGAGAUACUUAAACAUACCGUUUUCGUGCAAAUAAAAAUAAUUUUGUAUGAUUUAUAUUUUGGCGUUUGGAUUAUAUGGAAUCGGUUAAGGACAAGCUUUUGCUGACUGUAGAUGUUAAGUUUAGAUAAUAAUUGCCCGCUUUGGAGUCAUUCACAUUCGGAGCUAUGGCCGGUGCCGCUGACUAGCAGCUAGCGUUAUGUAUAUGUGUUUAUUUAUUAAAUAUUGUGAUGAAAUAAACUUUUGUUUUAUUGU